AUGGCGGACAAAGAAAAAGGUGCACAGAGUGGUGGCCCAGCUGCGGCAGCAGUGUUCGGUGCAGUCGAAUUACUCGAGGCAAUCCUAGCAAAACUCGAGCUGCGGCAGCUCCAUGCCAUUCAACGCGUCAACUCGGCCUUCAAAAACGUCAUCAACGGCUCGCCAACUCUUAGAGCAAUCGCUCAUGACAGACAUGGGUCUCCGGCUGGGUCGCGGUCACCCUAUCGAAUAGCCAGCACACACGUUGACGACAACACUUUCAUUGUCUGCAGUAAGGUCUCGACCUUCCGAUUGAUUGACGCGUGGGACUACAAGCUGAGGGCAGAUGUGUCGAUGCUUGUGUCUGGCCAAAGUGAGCGGAUGCACGGGUUGUGGGAGGGGAUGAUUGUGACGGACUGGGACAAGUCCUUUACCUGUAAAUUCGACCGGCGUCACCGAACGGACAGAUGGAGCAUCAAGGUUGAGCGUGGCGAUACCCUGGGUGAAUUGGUCGAUGCGUUGAUAUUGAGAGUCAGGAAGGAAAUGAAAACGACUUCGUUUCGGGCGCUGGUCAGGGGGUAG